GACGAAUUCGAUAUCGACGUAUCGAACGGGCGCGCUCCAGAGAGAAAGAGAGAGAGAGAAUAAGAAAAAGAGAGUUCGUUUACGAGAAGACCCAGAAUGCGCGCCAGCGCGGCAAUAAUAAUUUCCUGUGCGGCUUUCUCGGUGAUCUACACCGAGGCGCACCCGCUGAUCGAUUCGAGCUCGAAUCAGAAUUUCCUGAAGCUGUCGGACAAGGAGAACCAGCCGGAUGUCGGGGCGAACGUCUUGAUGCCGAGCGAACGCGUGGAGACGCCGAAGGACGUCUCUAACCCUUUCGGCGAGGAAUCGAGAAAAUCGUUCGACGAGUCGCACGGCGCGAUGGCGACCGGCGGAAAGAACACCGUGAGGAUAGAGGAUCUGGACGAGUUCUUCGACAGGCAAGAGGAAGAGCUGCUGAAACGAACGGCUCGUUACACCAAGAAGAAGAAGGAUGACGACAGCAGCAGCAGCAGCAGCAGCAGUAGCAGCAGUAGCAGCAGCAGCAGCAGCAGCAGCAGCAGCAGUUCUUCGAGCGACGACGACGACGAUGACAAAAAGAAGAAGAGCAAGUGUCAGAAGAAUGGCGACGACAGCGACGACGACGACAGCGACGACGAUGAUAAGUGUGGCAAGAAGAAGAAGAAUGGCAAGUGCAAGGACGACGAUAGCGACGACAGCGACGACAGCGACGACGAUAAGUGCAAGAAGAAGAAGCACAGGAAGAGCAAGUGCAAGGACGACGACAGCGACGACAGCGACGACAGUGACGAUGAUAAGUGCAAGAAGAGGCACAAGAAAAAGAAGGGCAAGUGCGGGAACGAUGACAGCGACGACGACGACGAUAGUGACGACGACGACAAAAAGGAGAACAGGAUAGAUUGUGGGGACAACGGGUGUAAAGGAGUUAAAUACCGCAGGAGGCGGCAGGCUCAGCCUGACAAUGACAGCUCGUCCUCAUCGUCGGAGGAGAUGAGGAAGAGGUUUCCCGACAAGAGGACACCAAGAUCCGCGGAAGAUGCUCAUAGUUCUUCGUCGGAGGAAAAGAUGUCGCCCAAGCACAGAAUACCAAGAUUAGUAGGAGAUAAGCCUGGACAAGAUUCUAGUAGCUCUUCGUCCUCGGAGGAGAUGAGGAAGAGGCUUCCCGACAAGAGGACUCCAAGAUCCGCGGAAGAUGCUCAUAGUUCUUCGUCGGAGGAAAAGAUGUCGCCCAAGCACAGAAUACCAAGAUUGGUAGGAGAUAAGCCUGGACAAGAUUCUAGCAGCUCUUCGUCCUCGGAGGAGAUGAGGAAGAGGCUUCCCGACAAGAGGACUCCAAGAUCCGCGGAAGAUGCUCACAGUUCAUCCUCCGAGGAAAAGAUGUCGCCCAAGCACAGAAUACCAAGGUUAGUAGGAGGUAAGCCUGGACAAGAUUCUAGUAGCUCUUCGUCCUCGGAGGAGAUGAGGAAGCAGUUUCCCGAUAAGAGGACUCCAAGAUCCGCGGAAGAUGCUCAUAGUUCUUCGUCGGAGGAAAAGAUGUCGCCCAAGCACAGAAUACCAAGGUUAGUAGGAGGUAAGCCUGGACAAGAUUCUAGCAGCUCUUCGUCCUCGGAGGAGAUGAGGAAGCAGUUUCCCGACAAGAGGACUCCAAGAUCAGCGGAAGAUGCUCACAGUUCAUCCUCCGAGGAAAAGAUGUCGCCCAAGCACAGAAUACCAAGGUUAGUAGGAGGUAAGCCUGGACAAGAUUCUAGCAGCUCUUCGUCCUCGGAAGAGACGAUCAUAAUUCUGGACAAGAGGACCCCAAGAUCGGCGGAAGAUGCUCACAGUUCCUCCUCCGAGGAAAAGAUGUCACCCAAGCAAAGAUUACCGAGAUUAACAGGCAAUGAGCCUGGCAAAGAUUCUAGCAGCUCUUCAUCUUCGGAAGAGAAGAAGAAUCAGCUUCCCGAGAAGAGGACCCUAAGAUCCGUGGAAGACCAGCCGCCCAAGGAAUCGAUGAGCAGCUCGGCCAGCAAGGAGCACAAGAAGGCCCAGAUCGGGCUCUAGACAGCAGCCGAGGCAACAGCAAACUAAACAACAGUAACUAAAAUUUAGAAAGAACGCGAUCAUCUUGCACGCGAUCCUUUCUGCCGGAUCUUUCGUUCGAAUUAAGCACAUUAGGUUCUGAAGGAGCAAAGUAGCUAAAACCGCGACCAUAAUCGUUUCGUAUCGACUACGGAUCAAGGCCCCUCGCACGCGAAUCUUCGACGAUCGCGGUGUCACGUGUGUCAGGCGCAUCGAUAUAUAUUUCGUCGACGAGCAUUCCGUCGGGUGCUCCCGCAGCCGUUUCACGACCAGGGCCCGCAUGUAUCCGAGCAGACGUCACGUCCGCCGGUUUUUUCACGGAUUGACGUAAUAAAGCGGGAGUACGCACACGGA